AAAAAAGAAGCAGCAAAAAAGAGCAGUUUCCUGUUUUCUGUGCUGUCGCUCAGAAAGGGGGCAAAGCCAGACGGCAUGUGAAUCAAAUGGCAAUCAGAGCUGCAGAAGCAGGUAUUGCUGGUGAAGCCCAGCAAUGAAGCGUAUCAGAUGACGAAUCUUAUCUGAGGGGGAUGAAAAGGUCGCGGGGAAAAUGGAGCAGAAGAUUGCUGAUGAAGAAGCUGGGGUGUCUCAAGGGCCCGUUUCCUCAGCUCAGGCUGUCGUUCAUCACUUCAGCCCAAACUUCACUGCUCAGGAAGGCAGCAGCUUGGUUGCUUCUACCCUCAUUGGCUCUACCGUCGGCAACAUCCACAUCAGCAUCAACCAAUGUGCACAAUGCAACAGAGGGUGUUACGAUCAAUCAAAAGAUGCCCUGGCCCAAGAAAAUACAUGCGGCUGUAAAGCACCGCAACUCCACAGUGAUAAAGUUGCAGAAAGUUACGAGAAACUGAAAACGACUCUAAGAAGGAAGUUCAGUCACUUGCACGAAGGGAUGGCAGCGGACGGGAAAAAAAUACCUCUCAAUGAAAUCUACACAGAGCUUUACAUCACCGAGGGCGGAAGUGGUGAGGUUAAUAAAGAGCACGAGGUGAGACAGAUUGAGGUGACAUCCAGAACGCGUGUGACAGAGGAGAAAUCAAUCCACUGCAAUCACCUGUUUGCUUCUCCACCUGGACAAGAAAGCCGUGUAAGAACUGUGAUAACAAGGGGAGUCGCUGGUAUCGGAAAAACUGUGUCAGCCAAUAAAUUCACUCUGGACUGGGCAGACGAGAGAGCAAAUACAGACCUGCGGUUCGUGUUUCCUCUCUCUUUCAGAGAGCUGAAUCUAAUGAGAAAGAAAUCCCUAAGUCUUGUGCAGCUUCUCUCUGACUUUUUCCCUGAAAUAAGAGAUGCAGAAAUCUUUGCUGAUUCAAGCAACAAAAUGCUUUUCAUCCUGGAUGGCCUGGAUGAGAGUCGCCUCGGUUUGAACUUCGACAAAAUCGAGAUAAUGUCAGACGUGACGCACCCAACCACCAUCGCUGUGAUUCUGACCAACCUCAUCAGGAGAAGGCUGGUUCCCUCGGCUCUCGUCUGGAUCACGUCUCGCCCAGUAGCCUCCAGUCAGAUACCGGUAGAGUACAUCGAUCUGGUGACAGAGGUGCGAGGGUUCAACAACCAGCAAAAAGAGGAAUACUUCAGGAGGAAAGUUGUUGACAAGAGCUUAUCAAGCCGGAUAAUCUCCCAUGUGAAGUCGUGCAGGAGCCUCCACAUCAUGUGCCACAUACCAGUCUUCUGUUGGAUGGCAGCGAGUGUUCUUGGAAAAAUGUUGACAACAGAAGAUAGUAAAGACACCCCAAAGACUCUCACACAAAUGUACAUCAACUUCUUGUCCUUAUACGUGAAAAAGAGCCAGAAAAAGCCAGGAAGACGAGAGUCUGAUGCCAACUGUGUGAGAACGAACCUCCUCGCACUGGGUCAAUUGGCUUUCAAAGAGCUUGAGAAAGGUCACCUGAUCUUUUAUGAGAGUGACCUCAAGUUAAACGGCAUUGACAUUACCCAGGCAUCCAUGUUCUCUGGGGUCUACACGGAGAUCUUCAACGAAGAGAUUGCACUCUGUCAAGAGAAGAUGUUCUGUUUCCUGCAUCUGAGCCUGCAAGAGUUCUUCGCUGCGUUGUAUGUUUUCCUCACGUUCCACAAUGAAAACCGUAACGUCCUGGUCAAGAAGUCGUCCUCAUCGCGAAGGUUUCUAUCCAGAGAAUCGUCAGAGCUCAUCCUCUACAAAGCAGCGAUAGAGAAGGCUUUGCAGUGUGAGAAUGGCUGUUUUGACAUCUUCCUGCGCUUCCUGUUGGGCCUGUCAUUGGAGUCCAACCAAACUCUGCUGAAAAACCUAAUGACCAACAACAGAACACACCAAAAGACAAGAAGUGAGACCAUUAAACACAUAAGGGAGAGGAUCAGGGCUAACUCGUCUCCAGACAGGUGCCUCAAUCUCUUCCACUGUCUGAAUGAGCUGAAUGACCACUCUCUUGUGGAGGAGAUCAAGACCUUCUUAAACUCCGGUAGUCUCCACAAAGCCAACCUUUCACCCGCCCAGUGGGCCACCCUGGUCUUUGUGUUGCUGACGUCAGAGGAGGAGCUGAAUGUGUUUGACCUGAGCACCUACACCAGGUCGGAGGAGGGUCUUCUGAGGCUGCUGCCUGUCGUGAAAACAGCUCGAGUGGCAAAACUAGCUGCAUGUAACCUCACCGUGACCUGCUGUGAAAACCUGGCCAAAGGCAUCCUCUCAUCGCAGCUGAGAGAGCUGGACCUGAGCAACAACAAACUGACAGAUGCAGGGCUGAUGCAGCUUUCUGGUGGACUGAUCAACAGCAAAAUGGAGAAGCUCAGUCUGAAGACCUGCAGCCUCACAAAGAGCAGCUCUGGUUGCCUGGCGUCGGUCAUCAGCUCUCGCGUCUGCCAGCUGAAAGUCCUGGACCUCUCUGAUAAUGACUUUCGGGACGAAGGAGUCAAAGAUUUGUCUUCUGCGCUGGGGAGUCCUCGCUGUAAAUUAGAGAAACUCGUAUUGUCCCAGUGCGGGGUGACAGAGGAGGGCUGCACCUUCCUGGCGUCUGCUUUGAACUCGUCCCGCCUGAGAGAGCUGGACCUGAGCAACAACCACCUGGGAAACUCGGGGCUGAUGCUGCUCACGUCUCUGCUGGAAGACCCCCGCUGUAGUCUGGAGAAACUCAGUGUGGACCGUUGUGGUGAGUUCUGGAUCCAGCCGGGCCCGAUCAAAUAUAUGACCAAACUGACUCUGGACCCAAACACGGCACACAGAGAUCUCACUCUGUCCGAGGGCAACAGGAAAGCACUGCGAUGGACCAAGCAGUCGUAUCCUGAUCACCCUGAGAGGUUUGACUUCCGGACGCAGGUGCUGUGUGAGCAGGAGCAGACCGGCCGCUGCUACUGGGAGACGGACUGGAGCGGGAGAGUCUGCAUAGGAGUGGCCUACAAACGGAUGUGCAGGAAGGGGGAGGGUUCUGACUCCUGGUUAGGCCGGAAUGACUCCUCCUGGGGCUUGAGUUGCACCAAGGAUGGCUUCAGGAUCUUGCACGGGGGCGUAAACACCCCUGUACCUGCCACUCCAAGCGUCAGUAGAGUAGGAGUGUACUUGGACUGGCCAGCAGGAACUCUGUCCUUCUACAAGGUCUCUUGUGGUGCACUGACCCUGAUUCAUACCUUCCAUGCCACCUUCACCGAGCCGCUGUACCCGGGGUUUCACCUCGGCUGGGUGGACUCCACCGUGUACUUGUGCUGAUGUAAAUAUUCAAGUUAUUAUGUGUUUUUCUAAAUCUCAGAUUUGUAAUUGAGUCCACCGGUGGAUGCUUGAUCCCAAUAUCUAUAUGACGUCUCAGACAGUUCAACUACAAUUGAUGUUUUUUAACAUUUAUACUCAGCGUGGACAAAUCUUUUCUAAUACGGUUAAUUUAAACGUGUUUAGGACAUAACAGACUAAACUCAAGUACAGAGAUAACCUGGCAGAAAACCUCUUCCAGAGUGCAGACUGGGCCGACGGUUCACCUUCCAACAAGACAAUGACCCUAAGCACACAGUUAAAAUAACAAAGGAGUGGCUUGGGAACAACUCUGGGACCAUUCUUGACUGGUCCAGCCAGAGCCCUGACCUAAACCCAAUUGAGCAUCUCUGGAGAGAUUUGAAAAUCUCUGUCCACCAACAUUCACCAUCCAACCUGACAGAACUGUAGAAGAUCUGCAAGGAAGAACAGCAGAGGAUCCCCAAGAAGACUCAUGGCUGUACUCGCUCAGAAGGGGGCUUCUACUCAACACUGAGAAAAGGGUCUGAAUACUUGUGACAAUGUGAUAUUUCAGUUUUUCUUUUUU